CUUGUCUUUUUUUUUUUUAAAAAAAAACAAUUUUUGUCUUGUUAAGAAUAUUUGUCUUAAGAAAAAAAAAAAGUAUAUACAUACAAAUAUAUAGAUAUAUUAUUCAACUAGUAUGGAUUGUAAUGAAAACCAAAAGGAACAUGCAACUGAAACAAAGGGAAAUCAAAAGGCAUUGUCUAUUACGAUUACAACCGAGCAAGCUACUUUAGAGGCGGAUGGAAUAGAAAGUAACGAUCCUGUUAUUGAAGAAGAUGUAUUAAAGGAAGAGCCUUACACUGUCUUUACACCAUCGCAGCUAAUUCGAUUUUUAAUGAUUUGUGCUCUUACAGGCAUGAUAUCUCCUCUAACUGCGAGUAUUUAUAUGCCAGCUUUAAACCAAGUUCAACAAGACUUGCAAACAACAACGGAACAUGUAAAUUUAACCAUUACAGUUUAUAUGAUAUUUCAAGCCAUAUCUCCAACAUUUUGGGGGACCAUAGCAGAUAGUUAUGGAAGACGUCCAGUCUUGAUGUCUACAAUGAUUGUUUAUUGUUGUGCAUGUAUAGGAUUAGCCUUGUCUCCUAAUUAUGCUUCUUUGCUUAUCUUUAGAAUGCUACAAGCAUUUGGUUCAAGUUCUGUAAUUGCAGUAGGCGCUGGUGUUUUAAGUGAUAUAGUUGAUUCAAAGAGACGAGGCUCUUAUUUUGGUAUUUAUUCUAUUGGUCAACUCUUAGGUCCUGUUCUUGGGCCUGUAUUAGGAGGUAUUAUUGCACAAGAAUUAGGCUGGAGAUGGAUCUUUUGGGUUCUAGUUAUGAUUGGUGGAUUAUCAUUUCUAUGUGUUGGUUUAUUUGUACAUGAAACACUUCGAUCCCUAGUAGGCAAUGGUUCAGGUUAUGCAAAUCCUACACCCUUUCAGUGGAUAGCACGACGUCGUGGUAAAUUAGAUGAAGUCAAGAUAGCAGAACUUAAAGAGAGAGAGAAUAAUAGCUCAUCACUUAAUUUCUUUGCACCAUUCAUUUAUCUAACUGAACCCGAUAUUUUAACGAUGCUUUUAUUGAGUGGUGCACUCUUUACAUCCUAUUAUUGCUUUCUAACGUCAACUACAAAGCAAUUUAGUAUUCAUUAUCAUUUAAAUGAAUUGCAAAUUGGUUUAUGUUUCUUAUGUCAAGGUAUAGGCACCAUUUUAGGUUCCUAUGUUAAAGGGAAACUAUUAGACAGAGACUUUCAAAGGUUAACGAAAAAAAUGAGAGAAGAGAUGCAGCCAGACGUAGAGAUAUGCUAUUAUCAUGCAAGACUAAAGACGUGUUGGAUUAGUUUGCUAUUUGCAGACAUAACUCCUAUUGCAUAUGGAUGGGCCAUGCAAUACAAUGCUCCAUUAGCUGUUGCCUUGAUCUUACAAUUUAUAGCUGGAUUUAGUAUAUCUUCAAUUACUAUUUGUGUACAAUCACUUAUUAUCGACUUAUUUCCAGGAAAAGGUGCAUCCAUUACAGCUUCAAAUAAUUUGGUUCGAUGUAUUUUAGGUGCUAUUGCAACUGUUUGUAUUGAACCAGGUAUUGAAGGUGUUGGUAUUGGCUGGAUGUUUACGAUUCUUGGAUUCUUUAUUCUCUUAUUUAAUAGCUGUGUACCCAUCCUUUUAAAAUAUGGUCCAAGAUGGAAACAACGCCGAGCCGAAAGAAAUAAAUUUAAAUAAGAAUGGAAUAUAUCAUUGUUCGCACGUACCAACUCCUUUCUAUUAUUGUGUAAUGUUAUAAUUAUAUAUUUAUAUAUUCAUUUAUAUAUCAUUGUAAUAAUGAAUAAUACCACAACCCUAUUUAUAUCAACUCGAUUUACUUGAUGCAUAAUAAAAUAGUAUACACACAUGUAUAUAUUUAUAAAAGACUUGAUUAUUAUACAUGUUGGACAAUGUCAAUAUCGCUUGAUCUGCUGAUCCAUGACAAGAAGAAAACGACCUUUUUAUUUUUUUUUUAUUUUACUGUAUUUUAUUUACCCCUGAAAUCUAUAUUAUCUCGGGAUUAGUACAAAAAAAAAUAAAAAAAAAAAUAAAAGGAAAUUCCUUAUUUACUUGAUUUAAAUUAAUCACAACAAGUAAAC